GUCAUAUACGAAGAUUAUAAAUCAGUAAAACUAGAACUUCCAUAUGUACCCGGCUUUCUAGCUUUUCGGGAAGUCAAGCCACUAGUUGACCUAAUUUCUACGCUAAAAAUCACGAAACCAGAAAUCUACCCCAAAGUGAUUUUUGUAGACGGAAACGGAAUUCUCCAUCCACGUCGAUUCGGAUUAGCUUGUCAUUUAGGUGUGCUGGUAAACGUGCCCACGAUUGGCGUCAGCAAGAAUUUUCUUCAGAUAGAUAAUGAUGGUGAACAAUUGACAAUGGUACAUGUAAAGAAACAGUGUAAAGUUUUGUUGGUGAAGGGUGGAGAUGUUUAUCAUUUGCGAGGUGACUCGGGGCAGUAUUGGGGAGCGGCGGUUAGAAGUCUAGAUAGUACGACAAAUCCGAUCUUUGUUUCCGUGGGACAUCGUAUUAGCCUCGAUACUGCUAUACAACUAGUGCUUAAGUGUUGUCGGUAUCGGAUACCUGAACCCACGCGUCAAGCGGAUUUACGAUCACGAGACUUCAUUAGAACGCAAUCAUAA